GUAUUCAUUGUGGGCUAAAGUGAAAAAAAUUGUCACGUGUGACGGUAUCCGUCAUUUACAGAGUAACUUUUUCGCAAAUUGUUUUAAAUUUUGGGAUGCAAAUAAUCAGUUUUUGAACAAAUGGUAUUUUCUGAAAAGUGUGCACUUUCCUGCUGGGGCAAACCUCUCUUCUAUGGAAGUACACACAUUUACCGGUUGUACAAGGGACGCUCGAUUGCCAUAGCGACCAUAGCCUCAAACAAAUAGAGUUUAAUCGAUACAUCGUUUGGGGAACCUAAUAAUUGUGAAGCGUUUAAACAUGUUUUCUCAAAAUAUGCUUAUACGAGAUGGAGAAUAUACAAAAUCGGUUUAUUCUAUGAUCAAGGAGGAACGGUUUCUCGACGCAAUAAAUGUGCUCAACGGUAUUCCCGAGGUGACCACCACCAGAGCUGGAUUAUCUCUGUUGGGACACUGCUAUUAUCAAAUGCAAGAUUUCAUUGAAGCGUCCAACUGCUACGAGCUAUUGGUCCAUUUGGUACCGGAUGUGCCAGAGUACAAACUGUAUUACUCGCAGUCACUCUUUCAAGCCGGUCUAUUUGAAGAAUCCCAUAAAAUGGUAAGCACUUUGGAAGCUUCUCACCUAAAAGAUAAAGUGCUGCAGUUGCAGUCGGCUAUAGCGUAUGGUAAUGAGGAUUAUACGGCGGCUCAAUCACUGCUGUUGCAACGGCAAGGUACAGGACAAGAAGCUUCCGUAAAAAAUGACGAAGGUUGCCUGCUGUAUCAGGCCAACAUGUACGAGGAUGCUCUUCAACGGUACGUUUCCGCUCUGCAAGCCGGCGGCUUCAAUCCUCAUAUAGCCUAUAACGCGGCCCUAUGCCACUAUCGCAAGAAGGAAAAUUCACAAGCAUUAAAUUACAUCGCGGAAAUUAUUGAGCGUGGUAUUAGAAAUCACCCUGAGUUGGGAGUUGGCGCACAGGCUGAAACUGACGGAGGAGCUCGAAGUGUAGGGAAUCCCCCGGCUUUGGCUGCUUCUGGAUUAGCGCAGGCAUUCAACUUGAAAGCUGCAGUCGAAUACCAGGAAGGCAACGUGGAGGGGGCACGCGAAGCUUUAACGGAUUUGCCACCGCGCUCCGAGCCCGAACUAGAUCCAGUCACACUACAUAAUAUGGCUCUAACCGAUCCCGUAGGCGGAGGAGCUGGACUUCGACGUUUAGCUUUUCUUUUGGAAUUAGGGCCGCCAACGUGUCCCCCAGAAACAUUUGCUAACUUGCUUCUGCUUUGCUGUAAACAUGAAAUGUACGAUACUGCAGCCGACAUUCUCGCUGAACAUACCCACCUAACGUACAAGUACUUAUCUCCGUAUUUGUAUGAUCUUUUGGAUGCGCUCAUUACUGCUCAAUCUACCCCAGAAGAAGCCGAGCAGAAACUUGGUGUUUUGGCCAACAAUAUCGGAGGCAGAUUAAGAUCACUGGCAGCUAAGGUGCAGGAAUGUCGAUCAUCACCCGAUCAGAAUGCUCUCCGGGUAGCUCUUCGUGAAUAUGAAUCAGCAUUGGAAAGUUAUCUGCCAGUAGCGAUGGCCCGUGCCUGGAUACCUUGGCGGGUUGAUGAUUUCCAAGGUGCUGAGCGGGAGUUUCGAGCUAGUGCCGAGUUUUGUUCGGAAACCCCAACCUGGCGUUUGCAUGCUGCUCAUGUACUUUUUAUGCGGGGUGAUCGUUACAAGGAAGCCGCUGCUUUUUAUGAACCUAUUGUUCGACAGAACUACGACGACAUUCUGGCUGUUGCUGCGUCAGUUUUGGCAAAUCUGUGUGUAGCCUACAUUAUGACCUCUCAAAAUGAGGAAGCCGAAGAAUUAAUGCGCAAGGUAGAGCGAGCAGAGGAACGAAAGGGAAGCGCUAAUGGGCAGUGUCUACAUUUGUGUAUCGUUAACUUAGUGAUCGGUACGUUGUACUGCGCCAAGGGUAAUUUCGAAUUUGGACUGUCUCGAAUUGCGCACGCUUUGGACGGAGGAUCCGGCGCAAGACUUUGCGCUGACACGUGGCUACACGUGAAACGAUGCGUGCUUGGGUUGCUCACAGGGUUGGCUAAGCAGACGAUCGUGCUGCCCUCGAUUGCGAUUCAGGAAACGUUAAGCUUCCUUCGAACAUGCGAGGCGUACGGCUUAUCCAUUCCUUCCGUUCUUACCGGACCACUGGAAGAGUCUGGGGAACAACCACCAACUAUUGGUUUGGAGGCACGCAAACUUAGAGCUUUAUUGCUCCGCCUUAUGGAGUACAAAUAAAUAAAUAUUUCAAAAAUAUGUAGCGUGUGAGAAACUGGUGAAUUGGGAACAUGAAAGUUAUGAAUAGAAAUACAAAAAAAAAAAUAAAACAAAGCGAAAAAGAGUACCUUAAGAAGGUUUAUCGAUCAGUAUGAUCUUUAUUCCAGACGGUAGGAUUUAUCUUAAUUAAAACUAUUUGCUAUAAAUUGAAAUUAUGCUUGUUAGAGUAGUUGAAUGUUAGAGAAAUAAAUUGACC